UCCUCCACUGAAGGCUGUUUACGAAGAAAGCCUGAGCUCAGACAAAAACAAGGGCUGGGACCGAAGCGAGAGGCAGCAGUGUGUCCCAUGCACAGGCUCCUCAGUCACCUCGAUCGGCCAAUAUUUACGCCUGAUCGCCUUUAGAGACGGGAAGAAAGUCUCCAUGCUGUGGGUGAAUCCAGCCCGACAGCUUUCCACAAUGUUUUUCUUUUUGCACAUUGUUUUCCUGAGCGCGGCCAUCGUGGAAAGCAGCACAGCCAGUGGGCAUCAAAGAGGCUGUGUGGAUUACAGGGGAGAACAACAGAGCUCCUCCACAGGUCUGACUUGUCUGAACUGGAUCAACACCACGAGGGACUACGAUGUUGAAAUGCAUCCAGAUUCACUGACAGGCGUCGGAGAUCACAAUUACUGCAGAAACCCAGACGUCUCCCCGCGGCCCUGGUGCUACAUCUCAGCCCCAGAUGGAGCAAUCCAGAGGCAGUCCUGUACAAUCGAGACGUGCAAAGAAGAACCAUCAGCUGCGCCGGCCGAGGCUGGAUCCCUCAGACCUACAGCGCUCGUUCCCUCCACUCAGAGCGUCCAGGCAGCCACGACGGGACAACAGAGUAAAGUUGCUGCUGUGCAGCCAGUGAUGGGUGUCAGCCAGCGAGUAAGAACAGGGCCUAAAAAGAAGAAGGACCUUGGCACUACUGGCAUGGUCCUGGGUAUCCUUAUGAUGACAAUUAUAAUCCUCCUUGGAGUGGGCAUCACGCUUGGCUACUUGUAUAAAAG